GGACUUGGCUGACAGAGUAUUUCACUGGGGGGUACAUGAGUGAAAAAGGCUGAGAACCACAGUGGUAGAGUAAAUAAGCAGCGAGGCUGUCAGUCACUCAGCCAGUCAGUGAGUGCACCCUGCAGGACACCGUGUGUAAGUGCUUCCCUGGUGCAUGCCGUGGACCAGUCUGCAGUUUGUGCAGGCGACUGCACGAGAAACCGUAAAAUUAGAGAACCGUAAAAUGGGUUAACGCACACCAAAAAACCAGCUCCAUCUUCUCAGCGCUGCGCUGCUCCAGCCUGCACCACCCAGAAGUGAACAGCAGGCGACCCGGAAGGUUUGAAGUCAGAAAGACUGGGAGAGAAAUCGUGGAGAAGACAGAAAAGAAGAGACUCAUCCGUUCUAUAAAAACGUCCGUGUUCCUUCACUGAUUCAGGAUGGCUGAGCCUCGCUUUAAUAACCCUUAUUUUUGGCCUCCUCCUCCUGCGAUGCCUGGACAGCUGGAUAACCUAGUCUUGAUCAAUAAAAUCAAGGAGCAGCUGAUGGCGGAGAAGAUCAGACCCCCCCACCUUCCCGCUGCCUCUGCACCGUCCCAGCAGCCCUUGCUGGCUCCGCCCGGUCAGGUGGACAGUGGGCAGCAGGGGAUGACCAAAGCCCAGCAGAUGCAUGUUCUCCACAACCACAGUUCGUCUCAGCCUGACAUCGCUUUGCACGCCCGCCCCACUUCGAGCUCCGUCACAGGUCGGAUUCUGGGCGAUGUAAACCUGAAUCUUGACGAUAAAGCAGCUCUAAAAGCCAGAGGAUUAUGGGAAGAUUGGCAUCUGCGCCAACUUAUUGAUCAUCCCUCCAGAGCCAAUCACAUCUCAGGGGUGGCGCUGGCAUCCAGAACAGGCAACCUCAACACCUCAGAAUCCACCACCCCCACCUCAAACAGCCACAGUCGUGUGGGCGGAGCUCCGACCCCCCACCUCAUCUCCGGACUGGCCCACAGCCAUGGUAUGGAUCCUGGGAAAAACAACGGCGGCCUGGUGGGUCUCCUCGGACCGCCGCCGAAGGAACAGAGAAGCCGUAAGAAGAUCAAAGCAGAGAACGGCUCCUCGUUGUUUGUGGUUCCUUAUCCAAUCCUGGCCUCGGGCAACGACUGUGUGACCAUCAGUGCCAAAGAGGGGAAGACCUACAGGUGUAAAGUGUGUCCUCUGACGUUCUUCUCCAAGUCGGACAUGCAGAUUCACUCUAAAACACACACCGAGGCCAAGGCUCACAAGUGUCCUCACUGCACCAAGACCUUCACCAACUCGGCUUACCUGGCCCAGCACCUGCGGAUCCACCUGGGCCUGAAACCGUACCGCUGCUCCUACUGUGAGAAGUGUUUCCGCCAGCUGUCCCACCUGCAGCAGCACACCAGAAUCCACACAGGCGACAGACCGUACAAAUGUUCCCACCCGGCCUGUGGGAAAGCCUUCACUCAGCUCUCCAACCUGCAGUCUCACCAGAGGCAGCACAACAAAGACAAACCCUUCAAGUGCUCCAACUGUUUCCGUGCCUAUUCAGACUCCGCCUCGCUGCAGAUCCACCUGUCUGCGCACGCCAUCAAAAACGCCAAAGCGUUCUGUUGCAGUAUGUGCGGCCGGGCGUACACCUCAGAGACGUACCUGAUGAAGCACCUGGCCAAGCACGCCAUGGUGGAUCACGUGAUGGUCCAUCACUCGCCGCAGCACCGGACAGAGUCUCCCAACCUCCCCCUCCGGAUCGCCCUCAUCUGAUGGCCUCCUCGGUCUCAUCGGGGAGGAGAAACUUGUGCAUUCCACGCAUGGACUUUAACCCAGUGAUGGGUUUCAAAGUGUGCCGGUCUUUGAGGACGUGCUCUGAGAGUGAGUGCGUGGUUCAGUGUUUUCGUGCAGACCAGUAAGUAUUAUCGGGGACGUCCAAAGAUGAUUUCUCAGCACUUUCAGCCUGGACACUACAGGCCUAAAAAUCUUUUUCUAUGUGAGAGAAGAACAAAAGAAUCUUUUUGCCCUGGGCAGCUACGUAGAAACUCUUUUUUUAACGUCACCUGACCACGCAGUAUAACCUGACUUUUUAUACACUCCUUUAUUUUCCUUACUCAGUAUUUGGGAGUUCACGUUCACAUCAGAGUUAGUUUUCCUUUAGCUCAGUGGGCGGCUGAACUCCGUAGAAGAAUGCUUUAAUAUCAGUGUGUACUGUGUGUACUGUGUGCAGUAUUGUGCCACUAGGUUCUUCAGUGUUUGCAUAUUUCACCGAUCACGUGGUGAAAAUUAACACAGGCAGUGAAGGAAGGAUUUUCCAAUAG